AUGUUAGCUAGGCGGUCCAUUAAUUAUAAAAAGCUUCACUGGCUUUUGAAUAAUGUUCAUUAUACGUUAGUACCGAGAAUUGAAACAGGUAUUGCUGUUACAUUAUGUUUAUCCAAAAAUUAUUAUAGCACACCAAGUGAGUCACUAAAUACUGAUCAUAUUACAAAAUAUGAUACUAGAAAGAAGAUAAAUAAAUAUGAAUCGUUGGAUUUUAAUAAAACCUACGAUAUAAGAACAAAUAUAGAAUUAUUAAUUCAAGAUUAUGCUAAUAAACCAAUUCCACCUUUAUCCUACGAUUUCCUUACAAGUUUUAAACCACCUUUAACAGAUAAUGACAUGUAUAUGUUCAGUAUAAGGUCAAUCAACUUAUUAUUAGCGUAUACUUCUAGAAGACUAAAAGCAAUUCAGAAUUUACCAUAUAUUGCAGUAGUAAAUCCUAAUGUUGAAGAAAGUAACUCGUUAUAUUUAAAAACCUUAACUUCACUUUUAUCAAUAGAAUAUCCGUAUGAUUUACAUUAUACUGAGAAGAUAAAGACUCUAUUAACUCAAUUUUUAGAUGAUCACCAGGAUACAUUAGUAACUUUAUCAAAGGGUCUACAAGAAAUAAAUGAGAUAUAUUCUAAUGCAAAAAUAAUUGCUUUUUUAAAUGACCAUUUGAGAGAUCGAAUUGCAAUGAAACUUAUCGCAACGCAUUAUUUAACACUAAUUGAACAAUCUGACCAAAUUAAGGCGGGAACUUUAAAAGAUUCCGAAAUGGUAGGUGUAUUACAUAGAUCCCUGUCCAUUUCAGCUUUGAUAAAACGAGUUUCAGAAUUCGUUGGCGAUUUAACUUUUAUUCAAUAUGAUAGAGUCAUCCCUGUUAAGAUACUCACUGGUGAAAAUAUAACGUUUCCUUGCAUUCCCACAAAUUUGGAGUAUGUUUUGACGGAAGUAAUCAAGAAUGCCUCAAGAGCACAUAUUGAAUCAAGAAAACCAGGAUUAGAUUCGAUAGAAAAACCGAUUGAGGUAUCGAUUUUUUACAAUAAAACUAAUAAUAAACUAGAAAUAAGAAUAUGUGACUUUGGAGGAGGUAUCAAACCAGAUGUUGAAGCCAAAAUGUGGGAUUAUUCAUAUAGUACAGUGGAAGCAAAGAAAAAUGAUAAUUUACUUGACGCCAAUUUAAUGCCAGGGGAAGAUGUGAACAGUGUGUGUGGAAUGGGGUUUGGUUUACCACUGUGUAGAGCAUAUUUAAAAAUGUUUGACGAUAGGAUUGAUAUUCAGAGUUUAUUGGGAUGGGGCACUGAUGUUUACAUACAUUUAAAUGGACCCUCAAAGGAAUUAUUACAAUAA